AAACGAAUCUAAAAAAUAAAACGAUCGUCGUCUCCAAAAUUGACUCAUCUGCUAGAUCUUCGAUCGUCGUCUCCGAAUCUCCAGGCGCGAUUCGAGAGUAUUAUAAUCUAUUUGAAUCGGAAAUUUAGGGAUCUGUAGUGGUUUCGGGGGGGCAUUGUUGACGACGGCGAGAUAUGGCCGGGAAGAGUGGAGACUCGGUGUCGAUCUCGGUGCCGUAUAGGAAUUUGAGGAAGGAUGUUGAAGUUGAGAUGGUGACGAAGCAUGGAAACGAACACGCUUCGUCUUCGUCGUCGUCUCCUUUGAAUGGUUCUGACGGUGGUGAGCCCGUGGCGAAGGAUUGUAGCUUGGUGACGCUGGUGCUUAGCUGUACAGUCGCUGCUGGUGUUCAAUUCGGAUGGGCAUUGCAGCUUUCUCUCCUCACUCCUUAUAUUCAGACUCUUGGAAUAUCUCACGCUUUUUCUUCUUUUAUUUGGCUAUGCGGCCCUAUCACAGGCCUUGUGGUCCAGCCUUGUGUGGGCAUUUGGAGUGAUAAAUGUACUUCAAAGUAUGGAAGACGACGACCUUUCAUCCUUGUGGGAUCACUCCUGAUCUCUAUAGCAGUGAUAAUAAUCGGGUUUUCUGCAGACAUUGGGUAUCUAUUAGGAGAUACGAAGGAACAUUGCAGUACUUUCAAAGGGACACGGACCAGGGCAGCUUUUGUAUUUAUCCUUGGGUUUUGGUUGUUGGAUCUAGCAAACAACACAGUACAGGGACCUGCUCGUGCUCUUCUAGCUGAUCUAUCAGGUCCUGAUCAGCGGAAUACUGCAAAUGCUGUCUUCUGCUUGUGGAUGGCUAUUGGGAAUAUCCUUGGGUUUUCUGCUGGGGCUAGUGGACGAUGGCAAGAAUGGUUCCCUUUCCUAACCAGUAGAGCAUGUUGUGCCGCAUGCGGAAAUCUUAAAGCAGCUUUUCUUCUUGCAGUGGUCUUUCUCACUAUAUGCACUCUUGUCACAAUCUAUUUUGCGAAAGAGAUUCCUUUGGCAAGCAGUAAGCCCACCCGCAUACCAGAUUCGGCACCUUUGCUGGAUGAUCUCCAGCCUGAAGGCCUUGAGCACUCAAAAUCGAAUCAUGGUGCUGCCAAUGGGAUUAAGUAUGAAAGAGUGGAACGUGAUAUGGAUGGACAUCUUAAAAAGUCAAACAAUGAGCAUCAAGAUAAGACCUUCAUUGAUGGCCCUGGAUCUGUUCUAGUGAAUUUGUUAACCAGUUUAAGGCAUUUGCCGCCUGCUAUGCACUCUGUUCUUAUCGUCAUGGCUCUAACAUGGCUAUCGUGGUUCCCCUUCUUUCUGUUUGAUACAGAUUGGAUGGGAAGAGAAGUUUACCAUGGUGAUCCAACGGGAGAUAGUUUGCGCGUGGAACUUUAUGAUCAAGGUGUUCGGGAAGGUGCAUUUGGCUUGUUACUAAACUCUGUUGUCCUUGGGAUCAGCUCAUUCUUGAUUGAACCAAUGUGUCAGCGGAUGGGUGCACGAGCUGUAUGGGCUCUGAGCAAUUUUACAGUAUUCGCAUGCAUGGCAGGAACAGCUGUUAUUAGCUUGAUGUCUUUGAGGGAUAACUCUAAAGGAAUUGAACAUAUAAUAGAUGGAAACGAAACAACAAGAACUGCAGCCAUAAUCGUUUUUGCACUCCUCGGUUUUCCUCUAGCUAUCACAUACAGUGUCCCUUUCUCUGUCACAGCAGAAGUCACUGCUGAUUCCGGUGGUGGUCAAGGUCGGUGUAAAGCUUCAACCAUUCAUAGCUCUAGCGUCUUAGAUUUCAAAGUACCAAAUGGUUACUUCACUCUUUUUGAAUUUUGUUCUCAAUGUAGGUUUGGCUAUAGGAGUGUUGAACCUUGCAAUUGUUAUCCCUCAGAUGAUAGUCUCGCUUGGAGCGGGUCCAUGGGAUGCAUUGUUUGGAGGAGGAAACUUACCGGCGUUUGUUUUGGCGUCUGUUGCUGCUUUUGCUGCCGGAGUUAUUGCUUUGCGUAGCCUUCCCACACUAUCUAGUUCUUUCAAGUCUACUGGUUUCCAUAUCGGGUGAAAACUUUUAAACCGGGACUCCAAUACAAAACCGAGCCACACAGUUUUUUUUUUCUUGAGGUAUAGACUUAAAAUUCAGAUUCUUUUUGUUGGCCAUGUUCUCGUCUCUCGACAUAUAUGUAUGUAGGUUUUGUACAUUUUUAGUUUUGUUGUAAUGUAACGACACAACAAUGGGACUAUAAAUUUACAAAUACACCUCUUUAUCACCUGAAAAGGUACAUUUAUCUUCGUUA